UCUCCAUCUGUUUUCGCCUUAAUUUUCUUCGAAGCCCCUUAUUUUUCUUUUCAUAGGAAUAAUUAGGACCCCGUUUGUUUCCCAGGAAGAUUUAACGGGAAAAGAGCUAAAUUUUUAUUUCGUUUUCUUCGAAGCUAUGGCUUCCCAAAAACCCCAAAGAACCCCAGAAGAAAUAGAGGAUAUAAUCCUCAGGAAAAUCUUCCUCGUAGCCCUUAAAGAAAAUCCAUCGUCUUCUGAUCCAAGGGUUGUUUACCUGGAGAUGACGGCAGCUGAGAUCUUAAGUGAAGGGAAGAAUCUUUUACUCUCUCGUGAUCUAAUGGAAAGGGUUUUGAUUGAUCGUCUCUCCGGCGAAUUCCCAAAUUCGGAACCCUCUUUUGAUUAUCUCAUCGGUUGUUACAAGCGAGCCCAUGAAGAAAUCAAGAAGAUUUCCAACAUGAAAGACAAAACGCUGCGUUCCGAGAUGGAAUCCGCCGCUAAACAGGCGAAGAAGCUGGCUGUUUCUUAUGCUAGGAUUCAUCUGGGGAAUCCCGAUUUGUUCUCUAAUGGUGAAUUAAGGGAUAAUAAACCUAAAGUGCGUCCUUCUGGGUCUUCGAAUUCCCCUUUGUUUCCAUUACUCUUUGCUGAACUUUCGAAUGGAGUUAUGCUUGAUGGAUUUGGAGGUAACGAUUUUGGAAGAGGCGUGGAUUGCCCACCUGGGUUUUUUGAAGAGUUCUUCAAGGAUUCGGAUUUCGAUACUCUAGACCCGAUCUUAAAAGGGUUGUAUGAGGAUUUAAGAGGGAGUGUUUUGAAAGUUUCUGUUUUGGGGAAUUUUCAGCAACCUUUGAGAGCUUUAUCGUAUCUGGUUAAACUUCCCGUUGGUGCUAAGAGCCUGGUUAAUCAUCCAUGGUGGAUUCCUAAAGGGGUUUACUUGAAUGGACGUGUCAUUGAAAUGACUAGCAUUUUGGGUCCCUUUUUCCAUGUUAGUGCUUUGCCUGAUCAUACGAUUUUCAAGAGCCAGCCUGAUGUUGGCCAGCAGUGCUUCUCAGACGCAUCCACUAGACGAGCGGCUGACUUGUUAUCUUCAUUCACCACAAUCAAGACUCUCAUGAAUACUUUAUACAAUGAUCUGGCUGAUGUUCUUCUCUGUCUCCUUAGAAACGCUGAGACCCGUGACAGUGUCCUAGAGUAUCUUGCAGAAGUCAUCAAUAAAAAUGCAUCAAGGGCCCAUAUACAGGUGGAUCCUAUAUCUUGUGCUAGUUCUGGCAUGUUUGUCAAUCUCAGCGCCGUUAUGCUCCGGCUUGCAGAACCAUUUUUGGAUGCAAAUUUAUCAAAAAUCGAUAAAAUCGAUCCAACCUAUGUCUUCAACAGUAAUCGUUUGGAUUUGAGGGGGCUAACUGCUCUGCAUGCUACCUCGGAAGAAGUUGCUGAAUGGAUUGAUAAAGUUAAUCCUGUAAAAAUUGAUGGGAGUGGACUAAGUUGUGAUGGUGAAAAUCGUUUGAGGCAAAUGCAAGAUGCAUCCAGUUCAGGAAGUACCCACAAUGUGAAGCCUACCCAAAGUAGCGGUGUAAAAGCUAAAUAUACAUUUAUUUGUGAAUGCUUCUUUAUAACAGCUAGGGUACUUAACUUGGGCCUUCUAAAGGCAUUUUCAGACUUUAAGCAUCUUGUACAGGACAUUUCGAGAAGUGAAGAUGCACUGGCCAGCUUAAAAGCUAUGCAAGAACAGACACCUUCUCCACAACUGGAGCUCGAUAUAUCGAGGCUUGAGAAGGAGAUCGAAUUGUAUACACAGGAAAAGUUCUGUUACGAAGCACAAAUUUUGAGGGACGGGGUGCUUAUUCAGCGUGCACUUUCAUUCUAUCGACUAAUGGUGGUUUGGUUAGUUGGCUUGGUUGGUGGAUUCAAAAUGCCCCUGCCGUCUACAUGUCCAAUGGAAUUUGCUUCGAUGCCAGAGCACUUUGUGGAAGAUGCUAUGGAACUAUUAAUAUUUGCCUCCCGGAUUCCAAAAGCUCUUGAUGGGGUUAUACUGGAUGAUUUUAUGAAUUUUAUUAUCAUGUUUAUGGCAAGUCCGCAAUUUAUCAAGAACCCGUAUCUCAGAGCAAAAAUGGUUGAAGUUUUGAACUGUUGGAUGCCACGUAGAAGUGGCUCAUCUGCGACAUCGACACUAUUUGAAGGGCAUCAACUAUCUUUGGAAUAUCUUGUGCGGAAUCUGUUAAAGCUAUAUGUUGAUAUUGAGUUCACAGGUUCUCAUACACAGUUCUAUGAUAAGUUCAACAUCCGACAUAACAUUGCCGAACUUCUUGAAUAUCUUUGGCAAGUUCCUAGUCACCGUAAUGCUUGGAAACAGAUUGCGAAGGAAGAAGAAAAGGGUGUUUAUCUGAAUUUCUUGAAUUUCCUGAUCAACGAUAGCAUCUACCUUCUCGAUGAAAGUCUUAACAAAAUCCUUGAACUCAAAGAGCUCGAGGCCGAGAUGUCAAAUACGGCAGAAUGGGAACGCAGGCCUGCUCAGGAGAGGCAAGAGAGAACUAGACUGUUCCACUCCCAGGAGAAUAUUAUACGAAUUGAUAUGAAGUUGGCAAAUGAGGAUGUUAGCAUGCUGGCAUUUACAUCCGAGCAGAUUACAGCUCCUUUUCUACUCCCUGAGAUGGUCGAAAGAGUGGCAAAUAUGCUCAACUACUUUUUAUUGCAAUUAGUCGGCCCUCAAAGAAAAUCUCUUACGCUGAAAGACCCUGAAAAGUAUGAAUUCCGACCGAAAGAGUUACUCAAGCAGAUUGUCCGCAUAUAUGUUCAUCUGGCGAGGGGUGAUUCCAAAAACAUAUUUCCCACCGCCAUCUCCAGUGAUGGCCGAUCGUACAACGAACAGUUGUUUAGUGCUGCAGCAGAUGUUCUUCGAAGAAUCGGUGAGGAUGGGAGGAUUAUACAAGAUUUUAUUGAACUUGGUACAAAGGCCAAGGCUGCGGCUUCAGAGGCCAUGGACGCCGAAGCGGCACUCGGAGAUAUACCCGAUGAAUUCCUUGAUCCAAUUCAAUAUACGUUGAUGAAGGAUCCGGUGAUCUUACCAUCUUCGAGAAUCACAAUAGACAGACCUGUUAUCCAGAGACAUCUUCUAAGCGAUGGCACCGAUCCAUUCAACCGAUCUCAUCUUACCGCGGAAAUGCUGAUUCCGGACACCGAACUUAAGGCAAGAAUUGAAGAGUUUGUCAGGUCCCAGGAACUGAAGAAGCAUGGAGAAGGCUUGAACAUGCAAAGCUCUAAAGGCACAAUACAACCAACCAGUGGAGAGAUGUUAAUUGAUUAGGUUGAAUUAGGGUUCAUCAUAGUUUCUCGAAUUGUGUAUUUAUUAUGUUUUUCCAUAUAUGUAUUCAUGUUAUAUAUA